GCCUUCCACUACUCUUGGGUUCAAAAAUCUGCUAAAUGGCUAACGGUCAAGCCUAGAGUAAACGGACUACAUAGCUCUCUUUGGGUUGGGCCCAGCUGCUUUACGAUUACUAGUAACUAAGCUGACGCGCAGCGCUUGACUCUUCGGCAUAAAUUUUGUACCUUCAGUGAGUAAAUCACUGUUUCCGGACUGCACCGACUCAUCGCCAUUCUUCAUUGCCACUCAACAGCCACUGGAAUUUGUCGAUCAGUUCACUUAUCUUGGUAACUGUAUCACAUCUGGCGAAGACAUCACAGAAAGGCCACUGAACGCAUUGCGAAGCCUCCUAUGGCUUUUGAAUACCAAGCGCUACUUACCUAGAUGCUAGAGGGCUAUCCUCCGUUGCUGCAGACAUUGUUGGGAACUGGCCUCACAUGGGCAGUGACGGCUCUUGGUGCUGCUUGUUGCAUCCUUCACUCUGGACGUAAGCAAUCAGAGGAUAAGCUUCUCUUCCUUGAUGCGAGCCUUGGUUUCUCCGCUGGAGUCAUGCUUGCUUCAUCGUUUUGGUCCCUCCUGGUUCCUGCCAUCUCAAUUGCCACGAACGACCUUCAUAUGGGGGCACUGUCUGUCGUGCCAGCAAUCGUCGGUUUGAUUUUAGGCAGUGCGUUCGUUGCAACCGCAUCACACUUCCUGCCGGUGGAGUGGUUUGCAUCUCUUAAGGAUCAGAAUACUGCGUCCGUUAACGGCCUUCCAGCGGUGUACCACACACCAUCCCCUUCUCCUGCAGAUACUAGUGAUAAUGAAAAUUCCAGCUCCGUUCGUUUCCGCGGCACAGUCCACGGGACUGCCACCAUCACAAACGCAGAACUCAGUUCAGUGCCAGAUGGGAUUCCCAAGGAACGUAAGCUCUCCAUGACCAAUCGACUAUGGAUGCUCAUUAUAGCAGUAACUGUGCACAAUAUCCCCGAAGGUAUGGCGAUUGGUAUAGCGUUCGGGGGGUUGGGCUAUUUCUCUGAAUCCACCUUCGAAAAUGCAAGAAACCUGGCUGUUGGUGUGGCGAUUCAAAAUUUCCCUGAGGGACUCGCUGUCAGCCUACCAUUGCAGAGCGCUGGGUAUGGCUUCUGGACUAGUUUUUGGUUUGGCCAACUCUCUGGUCUGGUUGAGCCGGUGGCUGGCGUCUUGGGCUGUCUCGCUGCUCAAUUCCUGCGCAAAUUGCAACCCUACGCUCUCGGAUUCGCUGCGGGUGCGAUGAUCUUCGUCGUGUUGGACGAUGUCAUUCCGGAGGCACAGAACAGGGGAAACGGCCGCCUCGCAUCCAUAUGUGGAAUCGGAGGUUUCAUUGUGAUGAUGGUCAUGGACAUUGUCACCCACGCAGAUUGAUUGUCCAAUCGUUGCUGGCGUCAGCAAAACACUUCUCUUCAGGAUCUCCCCUCCCAGAUACUCGUCCCACUAAACAUAUCAAGCACAACCCGUGACAAUCCACAUUUCCUCGAAAUGGAUUGCUUUCUGUUUUCUUUUACACAUUCCCCGUCCGUCGGAUCAACAUCGAUUGGGUUGUCUUUUUUCUUUUGGUCCCCCCUAUUCUUCCGGUUUUUGAUCUUUGGCCGAUCGAUUGAUUCUGAUGUUUUCAUUUAUGAUGCAUACUUCUCGGCACUUCGAGGCAUCGCCGGUUGCAAGGAGUCUGCUCGCAGCAGAAUAUUCUGUCGCGAUGCUAACGUAGAGCAGUAGUGUCCACAUUCACGGACGAAGGCAGCGAAAUAUAUACACGUUGCAACUGGAAUUGAAAUAGAAGUAUAUUAAAUUGCCA